GACUUCCCUGUGACUUGCAAAGAGUCCUUUCACUCACCCCGCAACCACUUCAGAGUGUUGAAGCGCGCAGCUCAGCGCGCACGUUCGGAACCCAUCGCCGAAUUCAAAAAGGCAAAUCGGAGCGGAUCUCCACUCCUCUUUUUCCCCACCUGUUGAUGCAGUCGCACCGGGUUACAGGACGCAUUGGAGACGCGUGAUUUCGUCCCGGGGAGCAACGCGUUAAAAGGGCGCAGGGGUCGGUCCAGUUCGGCGGGCAGGAGGAGAGAAGGACCUUGUUGUUUCCCCUUACCCCAGCAGUUGCAGUUUAUGCUGGGUUGGAGGAAAAUGGGUCCCUGGAUCUUUGGACUUCUAUCUGUGUUACUCUCAUGCCAGCUUGUUACUGUGACACAGGCCUCCAAGGUGUGGGGAGAGGUCCCUUUGCCAGAUGACUUGGAGAACAAGGAAGCUCAGGCGGCGCCGAGUUUACUAGGCGACGACGAGGACUUCGUGGCUGAUGAAGCUUCUGGAGAUCUACCCAGUGGCGAGGACGAUGGCAGCACACCAUGGCCUCCAGUAUCUGAGAGCACAAAGAACUGGUUGGACUCUUCAUAUGUGGUGAACAUAAAGAGUGCAGCCGAGCCAGCCUACAUUUAUUACAGAGCUCUUGUCAACUUCACCGACUCAAUCAUCUACACUCCACAACUGGAGGACAUCUUUUCAUCAGCUUUUAAUGAGAUUUCAGAAGCUGUGGUUGACACGUUGGAGUCAGAAUACAGCAGGAUUCCAGGUGUACAGACAGUCAGCGUGGUCCUCAUUAAGAAAAUUAUUAGAGAGGAUGGCACUGACAUAUUUGUGGAACUGGACGUUGGCUCCGACUACAACAGCAACAGUGAACAGAUCCGAACUGUGUUAUACAGUGUGGUGCAGAAUGGAGCAAUUGCUUCCUAUGUCACAUCAGUGGAGGGUUUUCAGUUCAGAGAACUUGGCGAGGUUCAACCUCAGCCCUCUGUGGAGCCAAUAGCAGCGCCAGUAGUCCCUAGCGUCAGACUGUGCAUGCCGGAUGAGCACAGGUGUGGUGAUGGGACAUGUAUACUGUUGGAAUACCUGUGUGAUAAUCGACCAGACUGCCGUGAUAUGAGCGAUGAGAACAAUUGCGAUACAAGAAAGCCUGUUGCAACCCCCCCCCCUAUCACCACAACCGCCAUCGUUAGACCUCCGCAGCCACCCGUCAUUCCAGGACUCUGUCGAGCGGAUCAGGCAAAAUGCCAGAGCGGAGAAUGUAUCCCUCGAGACUACAUCUGUGACGGGGAGUCAGACUGCUUGGACGGAAGUGACGAAUUACGAUGUGGAACUCCGUCGCCAUGUGAACCAAAUGAGUUUAAGUGUAAAAAUGGCCGUUGCGCCCUCAAGCUAUGGCGUUGUGAUGGAGACAAUGACUGUGAGGAUAACUCAGAUGAGUUGGACUGCCCCACAAAGGGUCCUGAUGACAGGUGUGCUCCUGAGCAGUUUGAAUGCCUAAGUGAUCGAACUUGCAUCCCGGCUAGUUACCAAUGUGACGAAGAGCCAGACUGCCCUGACCGCUCUGAUGAAUACGGCUGCACCCCUCCCUCUGUGACGAGCCCACCAGAAGAAUCAGUUCAAGCUGCCCGGGGGUCUACUGUAACAUUCACCUGUCAGGCUGUUGGUGUGCCAACACCCAUCAUCACCUGGAGGCUUAAUUGGGGACACAUCCCUACCAGUGGCAGGAUUUCCAUGACUAGUGAGAACGGCCGUGGCACCCUAACCAUCCGUGAUGUGAAAGAGGCAGAUCAGGGUGCCUACACUUGCGAGGCCAUCAACGCCAAAGGUCUAGUGUUUGGUAUUCCAGAUGGAGUGCUAACUCUUGCAUCCAAUCCCAACCCAGGCAACUGCCCAGACAAUCACUUUAGUGUAGAAGGCCGUUGUGUUUCUUGCUUCUGUGCUGGAAUCACCAAGAAUUGCAAAGCGACUGGACGUUACCGCAAUCAGAUCAGUCUGCGUUUCACAGAGGAGGAAGACUUUAAAGGAGUGAAUGUCAGCUACCCAUCCAGGCCAGGCACUCCUCCUCUUUCUUCCACUCAACUGCUCAUCAACCCUGAGAUGGAAGAGUUUCAGCUCGUAGAUUUGUCACGUCGCUUUCUCAACCUGGACUCAUUCUGGACCUUGCCCCGACAGUUUCUUGGCAACAAGAUUGAUUCCUAUGGAGGAUCCCUGAAGUACAAAGUGCGAUACAUAUUGGCCCGUGGUCUGAUUGAGCCCGUGGAGAAGCCAGAUGUAAUACUCGUUGGAAAUGGUCGCAGGCUUAUAUACCGCAGAGGGAAUCCCGCACCUGCUGGAGUUGUCAACCAGCGAGAAAUAAAAUUCACCGAGGAAAACUGGCAACACUCCAAUGGACGGCAAGUAAGUCGAGAGGAUCUGAUGAUGACGCUGGCUAACUUGGACAGCCUUAGCAUCCGCACCAUUUAUGACAACCAUAUGGUCAGCGUGGCACUCAGUGAUAUUGUCAUGGAUACCACUACUGUGGAGUUCAGUACUCGGGGACAUGCUAAGGAUGUUGAAGAGUGCAGAUGUCCCCCCGGAUAUUCGGGCCUGUCUUGUGAAAUGUGCUCCUCUGGUUUCGAACGUGUCCCUGGUGGUUCCUAUCUGGGCACCUGCGCUGGGUGUAACUGUCAUGGACAUGCAAGCGCCUGCGAUCCAGUCAGUGGACACUGCCUGAGCUGCCAGCACAACACAGAAGGCCCUCAGUGUGACAAGUGUCGCCUUGGUUACUUUGGUGACCCGAGACGAGGCCGAUCCGAUGACUGCAAGCCUUGCCCUUGUCCAUACUAUGAAACAUCUCGGCGGUUCUCAGAUACCUGCUUCCUUGACUCUGACCAACAGCCAACAUGUGACGCCUGCAAGCCCGGCUACACGGGAAGACGCUGUGAGAAAUGUGCUCCUGGUUACCAGGGUAAUCCCCUUCUGCCAAAUGGAAAAUGUGUUCCUCACCGUGAGCAAACCAAGUGUGAUAACAGAGGAAGCAUCACCUCUAGCAGCAGGCCAUGCAGCUGCAAGAACAACGUGGCAGGCACUUUAUGUGAUGAAUGCAAGCCAGGCUUCUUCCAUCUUUCAGAGAAUAACCCUGAGGGUUGUCUGCGUUGUUUUUGCAUGGGCGUCACCAAACAGUGUGCCAGCUCUACUUGGAGCCGUGAUCAGAUACGAGGAGGAGUAAAUGGGCAGCUCUUUACACUCACCAACAGCGGCAACACUAGAACUAUCAACCAGGGUAUCUCUCAGAGAGGCCCCUCAGACGUUGUCUACCGCUCCUUUUCCAGGAUCCCCAACGACAUCUAUUACUGGGUCUUGCCUGAGAGUUUCAGAGGAGAUAAGGUGACAGCUUAUGGAGGGGAGCUACAAUACACAGUACGUUAUGAGCCACUUCAGCGUUCCCUGGUGAUUGACGGUCAGCCAGAUGUAGUUCUUCAGGGCAAUGGCAUAUCUCUGGAGCACUUUUCCAGAACCAAACACCAACCACGUGUUUCCCAAACGGUUACUGUGACAUUCAGAGAGUCUGCAUGGCGUCGCACUGACGGGCAACCGUGCACACGCGAACACCUCCUUAUGGCGCUGUCUGAUGUUAGCAACUUGCUAAUUAGGGCCACCUAUGCUGACAACAUGGCAGAAAGCGGUAUAUCAGACAUCAAAAUGGACAUUGCUGUUCCACACUCAACUGGAAAUGAACUUGCCCUUGAGGUCGAAGAGUGUGCAUGCCCUCAGGGAUACAGAGGACCAUCUUGCCAGGAAUGUGAAGAGGGUUACACUCGGACCAGUUCUGGUCUUUACCUUGGAACUUGUGAGAGGUGUGACUGCAAUGGGUAUGCCAGCGGCUGUGACCCGGAGACCGGCAGGUGUCUUCAAUGUCGACAUAACACUGAUGGGCCAAGGUGUGAAAGGUGUCAGGCUGGUUACUAUGGAAACCCUGCAGCUGGUGCUGCCCAAGCAUGCCAGCCGUGCCCAUGUCCUGGAACAACAUCCAACAACCAAUUCUCCUCGACGUGCUAUCUGGACUCUGAUGGACAGCCAACGUGUCGUUGUCCCCCCGGAUACACUGGCCGACGCUGUGAAAGGUGUGCACAAGGAUACUCAGGCAACCCAUCGCUCGGACAGAAGUGUGUUUCUGGCAACAAUGAACUCAAUGGUAAUUGCUACAACUGUGACCAAAGAGGAACUGAAAGCUGCAGUGGUGGAUAUUGUCGCUGCAAGAUGAAUGUUGAAGAACCAUCCUGCUCUUCAUGCAAGCCUGGAACUUUCUAUCUUAGCCAGCAAAACAAAGAUGGCUGCCUGUCCUGUUUCUGUAUGGGUGUCACCCAGCAGUGUUCCAGCUCCAAUUACUACAGAGACCUGGUAUCAUCAACAUUUUCGCCAGGGAACUUCCAAGGCUUUGCACUGGUGAACCGUCAACGCACAAACCGCAUCACCACUGGUUUUACAGUUGAGGUUUCCACUGAGGGGACUCAACUAUCUUACAGCAACUUUGACUACCUCGGACAGGAGCCCCACUACUGGCAGCUACCUGGCGUCUUCCAAGGAGACAAGAAAGAGCCAUCUUUUACACGUAUGAAACGAGCAGAACAGGGUGAUGUCAGACAGCUGGAUGAUGAGGUCUGGGCACUCUUCUCAAACUUUUCCAAUCAUCAAUCUUCACUCUCCUCUCGUGUUCCGACAUCCUCCUCUUCUUCAUCUGUCUCUUCUUCUCAAUGGCGUUUGCGUAACCUGAGCCCACCUGUUCGUCUGUCUGGCAUAUCCUCUUCAGUUCGACCAACCCGACCCCAUUCAUACUCUCCAGGCCAUGCUCCUUAUAUGCAGACCGAGAACACAGUUAGCAGGACAAUUGCUCGUUCACCUGGAGUCGGCACCAAGUACUCUCUGGUCUACAAAGGUUUCAGUUUGCAUCAGGACGAUCUGCUCUACUGGCAGCUCCCCGCACAGUUCACAGGGGAUAAGGUGGGCUCAUAUGGUGGAAAACUGAAAUACACAAUAUCCUAUGUGGCUGGUCAGAGAGGAACUUUACUUGAAGAUGCUGAUGUACAGAUUAUUGGGAAUGACAUCACUCUUGUAGCUGGACAGUCCUGGCAAAGAAGGCAACAAGGCAGCAGAGAGACUCAACAAUUUGAGGUUGUCUUCACUGAGAACCACUGGCGACGUCCUGAUGGCAUGCCCGCCACACGAGAACACUUAUUGAUGGUUCUGGCUGACCUGGAUGACAUCCUGAUCCGAGCGUCCUACUACACUGAGAUGCGCUCAUCCAGUAUAUCCGACAUCAGCAUGGAAGUGGCAGUGCCCAACUACAGCGGCCUGGCGCAGGCUCUGGAGGUGGAACAGUGCCGCUGCCCACCUGGAUACCAGGGUCUUUCAUGCCAGGACUGUGCGGCCGGAUAUUCUCGCACUGGUGGAGGGUUAUACCUGGGCCACUGUGAGCUCUGUGAGUGCAACGGCCACUCAGACUCCUGCCACCCCGAGACUGGCGUCUGCACAAACUGCCUGCACAACACUCAGGGUGAGCUCUGUGAGCAGUGCGCUUCCGGCUUCUUCGGUGACCCCACUGUUGGCACACCAGAGGACUGCCAGCCCUGCGCCUGCCCUCACACUGACCCAGACAACCAGUUCUCUCCUACCUGUGAGAGUCUUGGAAAUGGAGGCUACCAAUGUACUGCCUGUCAACCUGGAUACACAGGCCAGUACUGUGAGCGAUGUGCUCCCGGUUAUGUUGGUAACCCACAGCUGAGACAGAAGUGUCGUCCAUACGAUGCUGCAGCAUCUUUGGUGGUGAAGGUGUAUCCAGAGAGGGUGCUGACAACACAUGGUUCUCAGGUCACGCUGAGGUGUCAGGUUUCUGUUUCUCCUCCACAUUACUUUUACUGGUCCAGGGAGGACGGGCGACCCAUCUCAAGAAGUGCUGAACAACGCAGAAAUGGAGCAGAACUGUACUUCUCUAGUGUCCAGCCAAGUGAUGCCGGUGUUUACAUCUGUACCUGCCGGGACCAGCGCAGCACCAACAGGAGCCGUGCUGAAAUUGUUAUCACAAGUGUCCCAAUCAAAGACAUUGAGGUGACAGUUGAGGAACCCAAAGCUCAAACAAUCAGGGUGGGAUCCACUGUAAACUUCAUCUGUACUGCAAAAAGCAAGUCGCCUGCAUACACGCUAGUCUGGACCCGACAGGGUAACGGGAAGCUUCCCAACCGGGCAAUGGACUUCAACGGCAUCCUAACCAUUCAGAAUGUCCAGCCAGAAGACGCCGGCAUAUACGUCUGCACAGGCUCCAACAUGUUCGCUAUGGACGAGGGAAAUGCCAUCCUCUAUGUGCCAGAGGCCUCACAGACACAGAUGUUUUACACAGCCUAUGAAAUGUUUGAAGGACACAGAAAGCCUGCAGAAGGGGCUCAGCCUGUGGCUACCAUCAGCCCGUCUUCACUGACAGUCCAGCAGGGCCAGAGGGCCGAGUUUCGCUGUACAGUGACCGGCAACCCGAGUCCUGCCAUCGAAUGGAUCGGGGGUCCUGGUAACAGAAUGAGUCCCCGAGCAGUGAUAAGAGGCAACAUGUUGACCUUUUCAGCAGUGGACCAGGCAGAUGAGGGAGAGUACGGCUGCAAAGCUCUGAACACCCACGGCGAACACACAGCACGGGUUCCCCUCUUUGUUAGAAAGUCGAAUCCCAAUGGUCUCGGCACACAACCCAAAGUCCAAGUCAGUCCCCAAAACAUUGACGCUCAUGAGGGAGACACAUUGAGGUUGUACUGUCGCGCAACAGGAUCCCCAACCCCGAAACUCACCUGGCUUAAAAAUGGAGGACAAAUCCCACCACAGGCCAUUCCCUCACAUGGUUUCCAUCAGUUUAAAAGCAACAGUGUCGAUGUGUUACACAGACGUAUUGAGGAGCUUCAGGCCAGCAUGGACCGAACCGAUAUUGGCACGCUGCUCAUCCCAAAUGUAAAGGUAUCGGAUUCAGGCACAUACAUGUGUGUUGGCAGCAACAGUGUAGGUUCAAAUAGUGCACCCAUUAAAGUUUCAGUGCACAAAGGGGAACAAACUUCCUCAAUUGUCAGAAUCCAGCCAUCGGAAGCAGACGUCCAAGAGGGUCACGACCUCUACCUCAAUUGUAUCGUGUCUGGAAAUCCUCCUCCUCGAGUCACUUGGUCAAGAGCUAGCGGAAGACUGUCGUCCAAUCACGAGGUUGUUGACAGUCAGCUUCGUAUCCUGUCAGCGACCCCAGACGACUCGGGAGAGUAUAUCUGUCAAGUGCAGAGCACUCCGGGAUAUCAAGUCCACCGCGCCACUGUCUCAGUGUCUGUCACAUCGUCUUCCUCACGUCAUCAAAGUCCAAUCAUCGCCAUUGAGCCUCACAGUGCUGCAAUACGUGCUGGCGAGUCAGCCAGCUUUAGGUGCAAGGUGUACAGUGGGGCUCAACCAGUCAGAUUGGAGUGGAAACUAUCGGGCAACCAACCUCUACCAGACAAUGUCAAGGUUGACCCUGAUGGUUCUGUGAUUACCAUUGUGAAUGCUCAACCCAUGAAUCAUGGUGCUUACCGUUGUGUGGCCAGCAACCCGUUUGGUAUCACCCACACUAUUGUGUCCCUGAUUGUGAAAGAGGCUCCUGUGGCCACUGUCACUCCUGUUGGGCCAGUGCACAUUCGGGUGGGUGACCCUAUUAACCUGGAAUGUCAGGCUUCAGGAGAGCCCCGCCCUUCUGUCUCGUGGCACAGAUUGGAUAGCAACCGCAAGAUCCAGCUGAGCAGCCCCGUUCCCAUGGAGUCCAAUGCAGUCAUGCAGAUACUUGCAGCUCGCCCCGAAGAUAGUGGCACAUAUGUGUGCGUAGCACGCAGCAACGAAGGUCGGACUGAGACUAAGGUUGAAGUCAUUGUGCGGGGGGACACUCAACUGCCCUCGGUGCCUCGAGUCAUAGUUCCCGAGCCACUGAUGAUUGUGGUAGAAGGACAGACAGCAACCCUACGCUGCACUGCACAUGGUUUCCCCACCCCAACUAUUACAUGGUCCAAACUGCGGUCACCUCUGCCUUGGAGACAUAAAGUGGUGGACAACAACCUGGUACUUCCCAACGUGGGACGCCAAGACUCUGGGGAAUAUGUGUGCAUUGCCACCAACAACAUGGGCACUACUGAAGUUACAAUUUCACUGGAUGUGGAAACCCCUCCAUAUGCUACUUCUGUGCCCGAUGAUGUGGCUGUGCGCGUCGGGGAGGUGAUCAGGUUGCAGUGCCUGGCUCAUGGCACUUCUCCAGUGACCUAUAUUUGGUCCAAGCUGGAUAGUGCGUUGCCCUCCAGGGCCCAGGUCAGUGACGGAGAUCUCCAGAUCAAUUUGGCUACUGAAGAGGAUGCUGGGAACUACAAGUGUGUAGCAACCAACAAAGUUGGCCAAAGUGAAGUAGUGGCUAAAGUUACAGUCAGAUCACCUUUGGCGGUACGUGUGUCCCCUCAAGUGGAGGUGAAGGCUCAGGGCAGCGCUGUGGAGUUCACGUGUUCAGCAGCUGGUGGAGUAGAAACUAAAAUUGAGUGGCUCAAAGAAGGAGGUGUCCUUCCCCCAAACCACCAUGUGAAGGACGGUGUGCUAAGGAUUGAAAACCUUGAACAGAGCAAUGAAGGUGUUUACAUCUGCAGAGCAAGCAGCGUCUAUGGUCAGGCUCAGGAUGCAGCCCGACUCACUAUCCAAGCUCUGCCCAAGGUAAUGAUCAACGUGCGGACCUCAGUGCAGACUGUAAUGAUUGGGAACUCCGUGGAGUUUGAAUGCCAAGCUGUUGGUGACCCCGAGCCCACUGUAAGGUGGAGCAAAGUGGGUGGGCCUCUACCAACCCACAUUGUAGUGAUGGGUGGAAUGCUGAAGAUUGAGCAGGUGACCGAGGCAGACGCGGGACAGUAUCGCUGCACGGCCACCAAUGAUGUAGGGUCAGUGCAGUCCCAGGUUGUCCUCAAUGUCCAGUCACUUCCUCAAAUUUCUUCACUUCCCGAAACAAAGGAGGUGACUGUUGGUUCCGAUGCUAUCUUGCCAUGCAUGGCAUCAGGAUAUCCUGUACCAGAGAUCAAAUGGUCCAAGCUCAGAGGUGAACUACCUUCCAAGUGCUUCCAAGAAGCCAAUGUGCUGACGGUCCCUCGGGUCUCGCAUAGCGAUUCGGGGACGUACGUGUGCACCGCAUCAAACAAGCAGGGCAAAGUAGAAGCAUUCACUAGACUGGAUGUUCAUGAAAGAGUGAUGCCGUACUUUGCCCAGGAGCCACUGUCGUAUCUCACCCUACCCACCAUUAAAAACGCUUACAAGGCUUUUAGCAUUAAAAUCAACUUUCGGCCCGACAAUGUUGAUGGUCUCAUAUUGUACGCUGGUAUGAUCCUUUACAACGGUCAGAAGAGAACCACAGGAGCAGACUUUAUUUCUUUAGGCCUUGUAGGUGGCCGUUUAGAGUUCAGGUUUGAUGUGGGUUCAGGCAUGGCCACCAUUCGUGAUCCCAACCCCGUCAAACUAGGAGAAUUCCACACAGUCGAGUUGUAUCGCAACCUUACCCUCGGUUACAUCAAGGUGGAUGGAGGCGAGCCUAUCAAUGGCAGUUCGCAGGGCAAGUUCAAAGGCUUGGAUUUGAAUGAGGAGCUACAUGUGGGUGGUUACCCCAACUUCACUUUUCUGGCCAAAACUGCUGGCAUUAAGACUGGCUUUGUCGGUUGUAUUCGCCAGCUGGUCAUUCAAGGCGAGGAGGUCAUCUUCAAGGAUAUGGAUCGUACCUCCACGGGUGUUACGAACUGUCCUACCUGCAAAGAUCGACCGUGUCAGAACGGAGGGAGGUGUGAGGACUCGGAUACCAGCUUGUAUACGUGCAGCUGUCCCAGGGGAUUCACUGGCAGCAACUGCCAGCACCACUCAUCUCUUCACUGCCACUCAGAUGCCUGCGGACCAGAUGCUACUUGUAUUAAUCGGCAAAAUGGCCUGGGCUAUGAUUGUCGCUGCCACCUGGGAAAAUUUGGAAACAAAUGCAUGGAUGGGGAAUUGAUUACCACUCCUCUAUUCGGCGGGGAUGAGUCAUACAUCUCCUAUCCUCCGCUGACCAAUGUCCAUGAUGACCUGCGAGUUGAAAUGGAGUUCAAACCCAUUGAGAGAGAUGGUCUGAUGUUCUUCUGCGGAGGGAAGAAAAUGAAAGUGGAGGACUUUGUGGCUAUCUCCAUGGCUGAUGGACAUGUGGAGUUCAAGUAUGAACUGGGCACAGGCCAGGCAAUCCUUCGUAGUCGAGAACCAGUCUCUCUGGGCCAAUGGCACAGAGUCGUGGCCGAACGGAACAUGCGGGAUGGGCACCUCAGAGUUGACCAUGGCACAGUAGAAAAGAGGACUUCUCCUGGAAAAGCCCAGGGCCUCAAUAUCCACACCGCGAUGUUCCUGGGAGGUGUCCCCAACAUGGAGAUCCUGCCAAAGCCUGCAAAUGUCAGCAAGAUGUUCGAGGGCUGUGUUGGAGAGGUCUUGAUCAACAACAAGAAGGUGGAUCUGUCCUACAGUUUUACAGCGAGUAAAGCAAUCCGCAAGUGUGUGGACACAAGCCCUUGUGACCGACGGCCCUGCUUGAAUGGAGGUCACUGCAUGCCCAAUGCUGAGUAUGAGUACCAGUGCCUCUGUAAGGAUGGGUUUGAAGGUGAGCGCUGCGAGAUCAUGAAAGACGUGUGCCAGACUGACUAUGAGUGCCAAAAUGGUGGCAGCUGUGUCAGCGGUCACUGUGUGUGCCAUUCUGGAUUCACAGGCCUCAACUGUGAAGAAAGCCAGGUCUCCAGCGUCCCUCAGGCCACAUGGAAUUCAGAAGCUAGCGAGGCUAAUGACUCUCCUUAUCAGUAUGCAGCUCAUUUCCAAAAUGAUGGAUACAUUGCACUUCCUAAAUCCAUCAUGCAAAGGAGCGGACAUAACUCGCUGGAAACUAUCGAAUUGGAGAUCAACACUCUCGCUUCUGAGGGUCUGAUCCUAUGGCAGGGAGUCGAACCCACUGGCACACUCACUUUGCGAAAGGUGCAUGCUAGUAAAAAGGAACUUGGAGAGCUCGGCAAAGGCAAGGACUUUAUUAGUCUCGGAAUUCACAACGGAUACCUCAUUUUCAGUUACCAGUUGGGAAGUGGCGAGGCAAAGAUCAUGUCGCGGGAGACAAUCAAUGACGGACAAUGGCAUAAAGUUAAAGCAGUGAGGACUGGCAAAGAUGGCUACAUCCAAAUUGAUGGAGGAGCUGCGCAACACGGUCAGUCAAAAGGAAAAAGCAUCAUGGUCAACACAAAAGGCCACCUUUACCUUGGUGGAGCUCCAGACAUGGCGGCCAUGACUGGAGGGAAGUUUUCUUCUGGAAUAAGGGGGUGCGUGAGGAACCUAUCCCUGAUGAACGCCCGCCCAGAAGAUCAGCGGAUCCAGACCAUCGAUCUGCAAGCCCAUGCGGCUCACAGCGUCAACGUGCAGCCAUGCACGUCAUAGAACUUACACACUGAACACGUGCAAAGACAAACUCCCAAAUACAGUACAUUUAUGCAGUACGCAGACAUAAACACAGACUCUGGAGUGAUUUUAUCCACGCACUCGUGCAGAGAGACUGACACACGUAGAACCUUACACAAAGUUGGUGCUUAGCUGCUACCAAAAAAAUCAGACGUUACGACAAGAUCUUGGUGAGGUGAAACCAAAACAAAUCAGAAAAGCAUUAACAUUUCUUCUCUUCCUCAUUUUUUUUUAAUUCAGGAAGAAGGAUUACAGUGCAGUUUACACACUUUGAGCAGUAGUUUUGGCCAUGCAAAAUCAAAUCCCAUGGCAUCAGAGAGGUUUUUACGGCACUGAAUUUUUAUUUAUAUGCAUAUGAAUAUAUAAUGGGGGGGGGGGGGUCUUGCAAACUAACCCUAACUGCACUUCCUAGAAAAUGUUCUGGCAUUUUACACUGCUUAUCCAGAGGUUUUCACGAUUGCCCAUUGCCUCAUCUAGCGGAUAAAAUUCAUAUCGCCACUCAUUACUCAAGGCGUCAAUAUUUCCAAUGUCAAUCAUCACCCCGCACUUAAUCUAUAAAUCCUACAUAUACCAAACCCUUUCCUCACUGCAACCUGACGGUUACUACGACUUGAUAAUGUCUAAGAUUUUUUGUCGUCGUUUUUGUGUUUGGCGUGAGUGCGCUUGCUAUGGGGACGGAGCACAUACAGCCACAUGCAGUUUCAGUUCACAACUCAGGUCAUCAACAACAAAUAAUGAUCACAAGUUUUGACAAGACCUUUUGGAGAACUUGUGUUUUCUUUCUUUUUUUUUUAACAUAAAAAAGAAGGCUCGGUGCUAUAUAAAAUGUCCGACACUAGGUUACAGCGCAUAGACAUGUGAUUACAGUACGUUUUCUUUUUCUUUGUUUUUUUUUUAAACAGUUUUAAUAGAUUCCCGAUUUUUUUGUAAAUGACACAUUAUUAUAUAGUAAUAACAACCAAAUUAGACCAAGUACUGACAGAGGAAGCGUAGCAGAAGUCUGCAAUUUAUGUGUGCCUUUUCUAGCAUUCACUUCAUUGUAAUUUGUACAUGCAACAAACCAAGUCAUUUUGACUGAUUUAAAAUGGUUUCAAAAGAGGUGGGGGCAUAAUUUCCGCAAAGCUUAUUUUGUUUGAUAAGACAGUUCAGAUUGACAAUGUUUUUUUUUGCUUACAUUUACUCACGUGUGUGUUCGUUUGAGUUCACAAUGAAAUGAUUGUAUGUUUUUAACACCGCAGCCUUGUUUGAUUGAGUAGAUCUCAAAAAAAUGGAGUUUCAUACUUUCUAUGUAGCUUUUGAAAGCCACUUGGGUACGUCUUAUCGCGUCAACUGAGAUUGCUUAUUAGCCCAGAGGUGCCUUGAGAUGUUUUAGUGAUGCUUUAGUGAAAUGUGUGCUUUUGAGGUGAACCAAUCAGCACCAAUUGUUAGCUUGUUGCUGUGACCUGUCUGCCUCUGAUCGGGAAUGCCCACCAUCCCUUUCAUUUUUUAAAGAACAACAGUUUUCUCAUGUUUGUGAGCUUAAAAUAUUUCACUAAGCUACAUCUUGUUAGUUAGUGCCGCUUCAAUCUUAUUUAUUAUUCAAAUUUUAAAGGGGAAGUUCAGAAUUUUUGACAUUAUGCUUAAACUUCAAGUUAGCGGGGGUUUAAUCAGUCGGUGGAACUGAUUUCAACAAAUUCCGUGCAGUUAGUUAUAGAGGUGUGCAUCGGCACUGCCCUCACGAUUCAAUUCGAUUACGAUUCGGAGGGCCACAAUUCGAUUCAGAGGGUCACGAUUCGAUUCGGCAAUGCAUCGAGAUGCAUUAAAGCCUGGGAUGCAUUAAAAUUCUAAAGCAAAGCAUAUUUUUCAUGAAUCAUGAGGCAACACAAGCGGUCAGACAUUAAACAACAUUUUAUUGGCUCUUGUGUCACUCCUGGUUGAAGUCAAAUAAAAAUACUUUCAGAUCUAUAUGUUUUUAAAAAACAGAUCACAGCAUUUAAUUAGUGCUUUGAAUGAGACCAGGGCUUUCUCUUUUUUAUUACACACAGUAGCAGCCUUUCACACAGUGCAACAUCUGAACUCCUGUGCAAAAUCAGUAAUAACAGUCACUGUAUUUUAGUCACAACGACCCAUCAAUAAAAAUAUUCAAGUAAAUAUUAAAGAAAACGACAAAGAAAAUAUUGUAGUGCAGCAGCAUCUUUAUCGCAAUAUCAAUCCAGGGAUCAGUUCAGUUGCAAACAAAACAUCAACUAAAUUGCAAUGUAAGGCAAGGCAAAGGCAAGGCAAAUGUAUUUAUAUAGCACAAUUCAACACAGGGCAAUUCAAAGUGCUUUACAUCACAUGAAGAUCAUAAAAAUCACAUUUAAAUCAACACAACGUAAAAACCAAUCACAGAAUAAAAAUAAAUAAAUAAAAAUUAAACAAAAAAAUAAAACAAAAACUACUAAUAAUAAUAGUAAUUGAAAUCAGCAAUGGAGAUAAGCACAAGAGGAAUAGAAAGCAGGUAGAUUGAAAUAUAUAGACAGUUAUGGAUAUGCAGUGCUAAACAAAAGCGUUUUAGCCCUGAUUUAAAAGAGCUAACAGUUUGAGCAUACUUCAGACGUUCAGGUAACUUGUUCCAGAGGUGAGGAGCAUAAUAACUAAAUGCUGCCUCACCCUGCUUGGUUCUUGUUCUUGGAACAUGCAGAAGACCGGUUCCAGAUGACCUUAGAGGUCUAGAUGUCUCAUAGGAAUCUAACAAGUCAAGCAUGUAUUUUGGUCCAAGGCCAUUAAGUGUUUUGUAGACGAGCAGUCGUAUUUUAUAGUCUAUCCUUUGACUCAUUGGAAGCCAAUGUAGCGAUUUCAAAACCGGUGUAAUGUGGUCCAGCUUCCUUGUAUUUGUGAGGACUCUGGCUGCAGCAUUCUGUACUAGCUGCAGCUUCCUGACUGAUUUUUUAUCAAGACCUGUAAAUAUACUGUUGCAAUAGUAGUAGAACAAAAGUAAAAUGUAGGCCUAGCCCACUAUAUGUGCAAUAGAGGUUAGAUCGGCACUAAAAAAUCCAGCCCGACCCAACACGGCACGCUGGUAUUGAAGCCCGACCCGGCCCGAGCCCAAUCAAUUAACUAGAUUUGCAGGCCCGGCCCGAAAAACCCGAAUUUUGACGCGGGGAAAAACGCAGCAGCAGCAAUUUAUUUUAAUGUCUUCCAGUUGGCAGAAAAAAACGUUUUCUUAAUGUUUAAUUAGUCUAUAUAUUUUUAUGAUUAUAAAAGCAUUUACACAACCAAAUAACGCCGGGAAAGUUUAAUAUAACAAAAAACAUGCGGUUUUGCAGACACACAGAGGAGAAGAUUCAAAAGGAUCACAUUUGUGUUGCCUUUGUGUGCAUGAAUAAAAGUGUCUUUCGUAACGAAUUCUCAGUUGGCAGAAAAAAACGCAAGUUUUCUUAAUGUUUAAAUAGUCUACAUAUUUUUAUGAUCCUUAUAAAAGCAUUUACACAAUGAAAUAACGCUGGGAAAGCUAAUAUAAAAAAAACAUGCGGGCCACGGCGUUCAUGUGCUUGCGCAAGCAAAUGCACAAUACAUAGAGCCUGCUCUCGGUUUUAUCUCUUUUUUAAAAAUAAUUUAUUAGUCCGGCGCGGCGGCCCUCACCCAAACGUGAAUGCUUAACAUUUUGGGCCCGACCCAAAUUCGGGCCCAAAAUGUUAAUCUGGUUCGGGCACAAGAUCUAACCUCUAAGAGAUAGGAGAUAACAUAACAAUGGCUGAAGCAGAGAAAGAGGGAGCAAGAAAGAUUAUUGAUGCACCUAAGACAUUGAAAGCAGACAUCUGGAGACAUUUUGGCUUCUACGAGGUUGGUGGGAAACUUGACCAGAGUUAUGCGGUGUGUAAAAAAUGAAACAUGAGAAUAAUAAUACAAAUGGGAAAACCAAAUCCGUUGCAUUACCGGAAUUGCGCAGGGAAGAUUUUUGAACAUACAUAUAUAUUUUAAAAUGCGCUGAAUCGAUUCGGCUUGUUGCCUGCAUCGAAUCGAAUCGUCCAUGCCCCGCAUUGGGAUGCAUCGCCGCAUCGAUUAUUGUUGACACCACUAGUUAGUUAGUUUGUUAGUUUCAGGGUUAUGGAGCGGCUAAGCUAGCGCGAGUCAAUGAGCCUAUACUAGCAUGCUAAUAAAAAACAACAUAUGCACGCAUGAAAAUCACCAAUGACCCAUGCAAUUAAUAGUGUUGGCUAUGUUUUCAGGAUGAAGUUAUUAAAACUUACCAUUGCAUGUCAAUAACUGCAGCAUGAACAGCAACAUUUGUAAUCCAGCAGCUCUGUAAGUAAAAGGCUGCAGAGCGGAGUGAUAAUUUUUUUUCACCGGUGUGUUCAUGUCGUAACCAGCAGCAAGUAUCCACAGUUCGAAGUAUUCCUUGUUCCUCUUAUUUGCCCAUUUUCUUGUCUGUUUCCACAUUCUCUAAACGCAUGUUUCACUAUGUUGCUGUUCUUCAGUCUAGAGCAGUGGCUCUUAACCUGGGUCGAUCGAACCCCAGGGGUUUGGUUGGUCAGUGUAAGGGGUUCGGUGAAGGUUAAGACCCUAUUUUCGGACAUUGACUGACACUAUGAAAGUGGUGUUUUAGACCAGGUUUUGUACUGGUUAGUCCACAAUUUACAGGCUUUAGUCCAAUUCUUUCAACUGCUAGCUCUAAAGCAGACAUGUCCAAAGUCCGGCCCGGGGGCCAAAUGUGGCCUGUGGUCAAAUUUCAUCCGGCCCCCAGCUUCUGUCAUAAAAUCAAUAACGUCUGGCCCGCACACAGACUUAAUAGAUUGGUCAGCAGUACUGCUACCAGCAUAUGAAGUAGCUUACACACUAAAUGCUGCUCCUCAUUUACCCACUAAAAGGCAGCAGCACUCUAAGACACAUUACCCCGUGUGACCCUUCCAAUUUUCUAAAAUGGCGACAAUUAACAAAAAAUAAGGUUGACUGCGAUGGCCGACGCUUCAAGGAUAGGUGGAAAUUGGACUAUUUCUUCUCUAAAAUCAGCAACAACUGUGUCUGCCUCAUUUGCAAAGAGACAGUCGCUGUUGAAUUCAAUAUGAGGCGAUAUUACCAAACAAGACACGCUGACAUGUACGUCAAGAUUACAGGGAAGAUAAGCAACGAGAAAUUGAAGCAAAUUGAAGCUAGUUUAAUUUUACAACAGCAGUAUUCAGCAAGAGCCCGAGAGUCGAAAGAGAACGCCACAAAGGCUAGUUGCGAGAUUGUUGAAAUUAUUAAUUUAAAAAAAAAAAAGCGAAUGUGACACACAGAAUGGCUUGCUAAAAUUUUGCUUAAAUAUAUUCUUCUACGUAAAGGACGUCAGCCAAGGUCGGCCCCCCACAUUUUUACCACACCAAAUCUGGUCCCCUGUGCAAAAAGUUUGGACUGCUCUAGAGGAACUGGUUUGCUCAGUGGAAGGUUGACUCUCACUUGGUAUGAGGAAGUACAACAGAUUUGUGACAAGAUUCAUGUUUAUUUUAUUUUUUUUAAUAAAGACUUUGUGUACAAAUUUGGUGAUCAUUUUGAUAUGAUUUGAGAUGUAAACAUGACAGAAACCGCACGGUCAAGGUUAAUGCAACCAAGCAGGUUUAAUGUUGAACAAUAUAAGAUAUAUUUCUCUUAAUUUGAAUGACAAAUCUAAGAUGUGUGCAUUGGGCCAGUAUUGGUUUAGUGGUCUGAUGAUAAAGCUAAAAAACAUACAGUACAUUUUGGCCUGUUUCAAACAUCCUGAGAAGAAAUUUGAAUGGAAAUUCUUUGGGUUUUAGCUUGCUAGCUGGGAUAAAUCGAUUUUGAAUUUGGAAAAAAAAAAAAAAAGAUUGCUCUAAUUCAAAAGGGUUCGGUUAAUGAACUUGUGAACCUCAUGGGGUUCGGUACCUUUAGCAAGGUUAAGAACCACUGGUCUAGAGUCUGUAGACUGAUGCUGCAUUUGAGGAAGGCGGGAAAUUGGAGUUUUCCAACCUCCGACCAGGAUAAAUAUCAUUGGAACGCUACUCGAAUCGAGGGGGCCUGGUCACGAUAUCAGAGAAAAAAAGUACCCCGACUUCACGAGUUGCUUCAAUCAGACUUCACUUGACAAAAUGCGCUGCCCAUCGAAAAGCAGACCGUCAAUAGUAAAACUUAAGGCAGUUUACAGCGUGGUCUGUUUACCUUAGCCAUCAUUUUUCCUCCACUAUUAGUUUUUCCUUCACUUUUUGAUCGCUUACGAGAAGCCAUGUUUGCUGGGGGUCAAUAUGUCUUUUAAUGGCCAAAAUAAAAAAAAUAAAAAACGCUUGGAAUGUUUCAAGGUCGCAACUGGUACCAUCCGAGUGGAAUAAGUCCAACUUCCCGCAUUCCUCAAAUGAGGGGAAGCAAAAGUGGGCGAAUCACUCUUCUCUAUUGGGGUCGCAUUACGAAUCUAAAAAAAAUGGACCUGUAGAAAUGAAUGAAUUACGGCGGUUUGGUGUGACAUUGUUUUGGCUGCAUGGGUAUUUUGAACAACAAUCUGCAUUUUGAAUUUAUUUGACUAUGUUAGAUCUGUUAAUAUAGUUUUUUUUUUAAUAGCGUAUCGUACGAAUGCUAUUUUUAGACCGUGACGUCGCAUCAUAAAGCGGAAGUGGGACGUUAUAGACCCGCCCUCGCGUAGAAUCUAUGUGAUUUCUGCUACUUUUCUCCGGUAAUCUUUUUAAAAUGAACAGGCAUCACUCAUUGCUUUUUUGGAACUUGUAGAAACGACUCUAGACAUUACGACAAAUGAAGGAUGUUUUCUUCAUACGUUUCCCGAAACCAAAAACUGAAAAGGAUAAAAUGUGAAGAAUGAAUGAACUUGCGCGGACUUUUAACGCCAGCUUGGUGAAUCCAUUCACAUUUCAUAUGCUGUAAACAUUUUGUUGGUUUGGCAUGGACAAAGAAGUAAGCCCUUUUGACAUUUUAAACGUAUUUCUUAGCGUGACGUUGUGCCGUGCUGCUUCUGUCUAACAAUGAAUGACCUGAAAAGAAUUAAAAUGGUAUAUAACUGCCACUGUUACCUUUUCUGUUGUUAAAAAAAAAAAAAAAAAAAAAAAACUUUAGUAAGAAGAAGUGUAAAUAAAUUAUAGAAUUAAGAUUUGUUAUAAUUGAAAAAAUGAAAAUUGUUCGAUGGCUGUCAACGAGUAGCAUUUGCGAUCGCUACACAAAACUAACAAUAUAAAUUACCCCCAAGAACGGUCAGAGACAUAGGACAACCAGAGGAUAUAAUAUAUAAGAAAGACAGGGCUGGUGGUAAAGGAUAGCUUGUUGAAACAGCAGAAUGUCAUUGUCAGUCGCGUAAGAAAAAGGUGUCAAUAGAAAAGUUACCUCUGGCUACCUCUUUUUCAGCCCUUGACAUUCAAGCCAUCUCUUUAACUGAACAUUUUUAUGUUCUUCCACAUCUUUACCAGUGAAUUUGGCACCGGGGACAUCACUUUCGGACAGAAUUGGUAGGUUUAGCUCUGUAAACGUACAUCGUACACGAUUACCAUUCAUUUCCAAUUGGGGACAAAUGGUAGCGUAUCCCUCCUUAGCAACAAUAGCUAACGUCAUGAAUAUUAACGAGCGGAAGUGACCUGUUGCUUGCGGUACGCCAUUGGCAUGCUAGGAAUGGACCAUUGACACGCACUAGCUUAGCCACGCCGGAGCCCUGAAAUAAAUAAACAAUUAAGAAACUGGAUGGAAUUUGUUGAAAUCAACUCCACCGACUAAUUUAACUCCCGCUAACGCAAAGAUUAAGCCUAAUGUAAAAAGUUCUGAAAUUCCGCUUUAACCUCUUUCCCUCUGCUGUUUUAGAGCAUUGAUGUUCCCUCUCUGGGUAUCAUGUGUUGCCUGUUGCACCGCCCCCUCAAGAUUGAGACCUCCCAGAAAUUGUGUCCCAUGAUCAGGCUGUAAAUUGCAGCAAAUUGAAAACAUAUUUGUUGGAAUGUGAAUAUGUGAUUUGGAGAUCAAGCCUAGGCUCUGAUCCAGUUUAGGAUGCUAUAAGGUCAAUUUCUGAAACUGGAUUUUCAUAUGUACACUGUUACGGAAUAGAAGCGUCGUCACGCGAGAUGUGUUUGGUUUUCAAAUCCAGCAUUGGUUAUUGGGUUGACCUCUUAUCAAAAGGUGCACUUUUCGUCAAAAUUAUUUUUUUGUGUUUGUAUAUUUCUUGUUUUAAUUCUGAAAAGUGACUGAAGUUGGCUCAGUUGAGGAAAAUUUUGACAACGCUAUAUGUUGAACCAACAUGCCCCUAUCCUUUGUGUUUCUUAAAUAAAAAGAAAAUUCAUGUGCUAUUUGUAACAUUGUGGUU